AUGGGCGUGGGACACAUUGGAGACUGGUCCUACGACUGCACUGAGAAUUACACUGCGCAUGCGUCCUCGUCAAACGAGGCAGUGCACCUGCAGCAGAGGCUCAAGAGCCUCAGCUGCGAGCUUGUGACCCUGCGCAACCGGCUGCACGUGACCGAGGCCGGUGCAGGUGGCGCGCCGCCACCGGCAGCGCCGCCGGCCUCGUCGGUCCUGCAGGAUGCCUCCAAAGCAGCCCGAGUCGCACCGCCACCGCAGCCAGGGCCCGGCGGCCUGCCAUCGGCCGCGGUGGUUUCUUCGGCGGCCAUCGCGGAUCCUUGCAUGCUGCCCGUCGGCGAGAGUGGUCACCCCCAGGGAUGUCCACCCCCAGUGCCCCACCCGGCGCUAAAGGACGCCAAGCACGUCCCUCAGCCUUACGCGCAAGGUGACACCGCCAAACUAGCGCCGUGCAAAGCGACCCCCGGCGUCAUUCCAGUGCCACCAGCCGGUGCAGCACCCGCGGUGCACCACCAGGGCACAAAGUCCUGCGCUGAAGUCCGCGAUCUCAUCCACCUACCCGGUCCGCUGACUGAGGACGCUGUGCUGAGGACACUUCACGCGAGGUUCUUCAGUCGGGAGUACUUCACCAACGUGGGGCCGAUCCUUGUGUCGGUGAACGCGUACCAGGACACGGGCAACCCGCUGACACUGCGCAGCGCCCACGCAGCCUCCCGGUGCCCACAGCUGCUGCAGGUGGUGCACGAGGCGGCCAGGCAACAGGCCGAGACAGGCUACCCACAGGCCAUCAUACUCAGUGGCGAGAAUGGCAGCGGCAAGACAUACGCGUCCAUGGUUCUGCUGCGGCAGCUGUUCGACGUGGCUGGCGGCGGAUGCGAGACGGACGCCUUCAAGCACCUGGCCGCCGCCUUCACCGUGCUGCGCUCCCUGGGGUGCGCCAAGACGCAGCAGAACGCACAAUCUAGUCGAAUCGGUCACUUCAUCGAGGUGCAAGUGACCGACGGUGCCCUUUACAGGACCAAGAUUCACUGCUACUUCCUGGACCAGACGAGGGUGGUGCGACCGCUUCCCAACGAGAAGAACUAUCACAUCUUCUACCAGAUGCUCGCGGGACUCAACCAGGAGGAGAGAGGGAAGCUUCAUCUCGACGGGUACUCGGUGCAGAACCUGCGCUACCUGAAUCGCGGUGACGUCAGCCAGAACGAGGCGCAGGACGCCACACGUUUUGAGGCCUGGAAGACCUGCCUGUCGGUGCUGGGCAUCCCGUUCCUGGACGUAGUGCGCGUGCUGGCGGCCGUGCUGCUGCUGGGCAACGUGCAGUUCACUGACUCCGACCACCACCAGCUGGAGCCCAAGGGCGGCGAGGUCAAGGCAGUCGCCUCCCUGCUCGGCGUCGCGAGCGGAGCCCUCUUCCAGGGACUGACGUCACGCACGCGCUCCGUUCGCGGCCAGAUCGUCAAGACCGCCUCGGAUGCCGGCACGGCGAGCCAGGUUCGCGAUGCACUGGCUAAGGCCCUGUACUGCCGCACCGUGGCCACCAUCGUGCGGCGGGCCAACAGCCUCAAGAGGAUGGGGUCCACCUCGGGAACGCUCAGCUCGGACUCCAACGAGUCUGUCCAUAACCACACCGACACCGGAAGCCAGCACGCGUCGACGAUCGGCUCGAGUGGUGCCAAGUCGUCCAAGUCAAUGAGCGUGCUCAACUCAGCGGUGCGACACGCCACCGAUGGAUUCAUUGGCAUACUCGACAUGUUCGGCUUCGAAGACGUCAAGUUGAGUCAGCUGGAGCACCUCUGCAUCAACCUCUGCGCCGAGACGAUGCAGCACUUCUACAACACUCACGUGUUCAAGAGCAGCAUGGAGGCGUGUCGCGAGGAAGGCGUCUUGGCUGAUCUCGAGAUCGAGUACGCUGACAAUGUGCCCUGCAUCGACCUCAUAUCCUCACUGCGCACUGGUUUGCUGAGCAUGGUGGACGUGGAGUGCUCGCUACGUGGUACGCCCGACACCUAUGUCCAGAAGGUCCGCAUGCAGCACAAGACUAGUCCCAGGUUCUUCGAAGCCAAGUGCGGUGGCGUAGCCUUCGGGAUCCGGCACUACGCGGGCAAUGUGACAUACGAGGCGUCGGGAUUCCUCGAGACCAACCGCGACGUGGUUCCCGACGACGUGGUGGCCGUCUUCCACCGCAGCUCCUGCGCUUUCGGCUUCGCUACGCACCUAUUCGGCAGCGAACUUAAAGCGCUGUUCGCCGACGGUGUCGCUCCUCGUGGUGUCUCCUUCAGGGUGUCGCCGACAGCACACACCGAGCUGCAAAACGGCGAUGAGCCCGUGUCCACAUUAACCCAAGACUUUCACACGCGACUGGACAACCUGCUGCGGACGCUGGUGCACGCCAAGCCGCACUUUGUGCGCUGCAUACGGGCCAACAAGCACGAGCAAGCCGGUCACUUCGAGCGCACCGUGGUGAUGAAGCAGCUCAGGGCGCUACAGGUGCUCGAAACAGUCAACCUCAUGGCUGGAGGCUUGCCCCAUCGGAUGCGCUUCAAGGCUUUCAACGUGCGCUACCGCCUCCUGGCACCUUUCAAGAUACUCAAGAAGACCGAGGACAAAGCAAUCGGAGACUGCAAGCUCAUUCUGGAGUACUUCAGCCAGACGAUCGACAAUGUCAAGCUGUCCAAUGCCGCCGUCAAUUGGGCUUUGGGCAAGAGGCACAUCUUUCUCAGUGAGAACGCCCGACAACAACUGGAGCUCCUGCGCGAGGCGCGGCGGCACGCGGCUGCCCUGCUCAUCCAGGCAGUGUGGCGUGGUUGGCACCAACGGUUGCGGUGGCCCAGCCAACGCCGGAGCCUACAGCUGCACGGAAGGGCACCGCGGGUUGCCAACAUGAGGCGCCCAGCGGUGCCACCAGCAGGGGUGUCAAUACAGGGCCGCCCUCGGCCGCAGCCAAUCUCGGGAACCCCUCCACCAGAAAUGGAACGGUGUGACAGCAAGACCAUACAGCAGACUUGCUCCCUUUUUGGCCUAGAUUUGGAGAGACCACCUCCUGUGCCACCCAGCCGUCCAUACACCGUGAGUGGCAACACCAAGCUGGGCUACCCCCAGACCCGAGUGAUGAAGAUGAACUACCCCGGUAACGGGUCUUGCACUAUUCAACUGCCUAAAAGUGAAACCGUGGUAGUUGUGGGCGCCUCGCCACGGCGUGGUCACCUGCUCGUUGAAUACAAGGGGCAGACGUACCAUGUGCCAUACCAGUUCCUCGAGCUCAAGCCAUCACAUCCUAGCAAUCCAGGCAGCACUCCUCCUGCAUCCGGAGUCAACAUAUGAAUUUUCAUCAGGAGAACUGCGUAGAGCUGCGCUGCUCCCUUUGAUUAAGCGCAGUGCAGACUGUCGUGCCGUAACAUUCUGGUCUCAGCAGCGGAACCGU